CUCUGAGUCUGAUAGCUAUAACCACUAACUGGUCAACCAUAUGAAUGUCUCGGUGUAAUCACACACCUGGGGUACCAGUUCAUCCAGGUGGUAGUAGGAUCUACAAUAUACUCUGCGAGAACAAAUGAUGCUUUGCAUUUAUUUACAUUUAAGUAAUUUAGCAGACGCUCUUAUCCAGAGCGACUUACAAAUUGGAAAGUUCAUACAUAUUCAUCCUGGUCCCCCUGUGGGAAUUGAACCCUGGUCCCCCCGUGGGAAUUGAACCCUCAACCCGGGCGUUGCAAGCGCCAUGCUCUACCAACUGAGCCACACGGGACCGUGUGAUUUAUGUCAUGAUCUGUUGACAGUUGUGACCGGUGCGGUGGCGACCAACUGGGUUUACAGAACAGCAAAUAUACAACAAAUUUACUAACGUUAGUAUUUUAGUUUAGUUUACAGUCACUAGUCAGAGUGGCACCUUUUCAAUGUGGUACGGUCAGAUAUUAAAAGAUCCAUCUGUGUUAAGGUCCUCCAAACAUUAUACCCUGAUGAAGACAGCUUGUCGGUCGGAACGCUGGAUAUUAGGUUAUUAAAUAAUUGAGUCUGCGCUACAGUGUGCGGCUCUCCUUUUCUUUUUCAAAGGUCCUCCUAACAACCAUUGCAAAGCUACGUUAGAUCUGUAUCAGAUCAGCGUCAACUGAAGUGAAAUAGGCAUUUUACUUUCCAUAAGAAAAUGUUACUCUAAAGUAUGUUAAUAAGAAGAUAGAAGCUAAUAAAUAUGUUUUAUGUUUGCUGUAUAUUGUAUAGGCUGUAAAUGUGUCUGUACAUUUGUCUAUUGCUGCCAGCACCAAUUCACCGAGUCAAAUUCUGGGAAUGUGUGAAUGUAGGUUACUUGGCCAAUAAUAGUUAUUUUGAUUCUGAUAGACAGUAACGUUACUUCGAAUUUCCUAGCCUCUUUCCAUAUCCCAUACAAUCACGCGUCAGUGGCCCAGGGAGCGUGGGAGAAAGAUAACCCAAUGUUUUCUCAAUAAAAAACUGGUUUAUUGGCAAGAACCUAGUUAUUUUGUAUAGUUUAUGAAAUAAGAAUAACUCUGAAUACACAGUCAUUUCAUUUUGUAAAUUAUUUUUCAACAUUUUGGUGCGUGUGAUUUGUUGGCUAUUUACGCUGGUAACGCGUUGUCAGGCGCAUCAUAAUUUGGUUUAUGACAUCACAAUGUGAAAUAGGCAACAUAUUUUGAUGUUCUGCAAAAUAAGGCAUAGUCUACAAAUACACUGAAAUGGGAUGUUUGUGUUGCUGUAAAAAGGUAUAUGUCUAGUCUGGGCUAGAAUUGAUCUCAUUCUGUUACAAUUUAGAGUAUAUUCUAUUCUUUUCAGCUUUUCCUAGUUGUUUUAAUUGUCUAUUUAUGUGUCCCAAAUCCUGCCAUUUGGGACACAUAAAUAGACAGUGGGGUGUAACUGUAUGGUUACAAUGGUUUUAUUUUUAUAAACAUGUAUUUUUUGCUAUUUGUUAGCCUAUAGUACAGAAUUCAAUAUGAUUGGGUGACGAGGUCUAUAUUUUAUAGUCAGAUCAUGUGGUUUGGGUUUGAACUUUGCUGCAAAUUCAAAUAUAACAAGCUCUGUUGUGAAGCAAGAAAUAUAUUUUAAUUUUUAUGUACUAUAUUAGCUAUAUAAUGUUUCUCCAAACAGAAAAAGAAGUGCAGAGUUCGCCUCGGGAUUGGGAGCCGCUGUACAUUGCCGUUCCCAAUCCCACCCAAACUGACGCCAUCGGAUGCCAGCAUGGUAACUGCAUCAGUUUGGAAAAAUCGGGAGGAGAAGAACGUAAAGGAUCACCACCAACUUGAUUCUUCCUUUCCCUCUUCUUUCCGUUUGAAACCGCCUACAACAUCUCUGACGCCCCUCGACCCCUUGUCUGGCCGAACACCAAUUGGCACUCCAUCCCCCUCACCACCCUCACCCCCUGGAUCCCCUGCCAGAUCCCCUUCCACUCUCUCCAAGUUCUUCAGCCUCUCUUACCUCUCCUCUCUCCACAUGUCAUCUCUCUCUUCCUCUUCCCCUUCUUCUUCUUCAGAGGAAGGAUCACAGACCUUCUCCCAUUUUAGUGCUUCCUGUGUUUCCCUGGCUGUCUCAACUCAGUCAUCCUCCUCUGCCACUCCCCCCAGUCCUGCCUGCCCUUCCUCCACAACCCACGUCUCCUCCCCUGCCCCCCAGUCCUCCUCUCCAAACCCCCUUGACUACCAUGGAGAGACCAACAAAGACAGUGAGACUGCCAGAGAUCUUAUGAGCUCUGAGGUCAAAGAGGUGGGGGCAGUUGUUCCACAGACAAAGAGAAUGGUACCCCGAUUUGCUGGCAUCGCAGAGGCCUCCAUUGACCUGAAGGCUUCCUCUGUCUCCUUGGAGAGGCCAUUGGUCAGGUCUCGGGACGCCAUGGCCCGCCUCCGCAACCUGUUCAGCAAGAGUAGCACCCAGCUGGGGGAGCAGAGGUGCACAGGCGAGGGUGAAGACAACACCAAGCUCCUCGGGUUGCCUAAUAUUGGCAACACCUGCUUCAUGAACUCUGCUCUGCAGUGCCUGCUGGGGCUGCCAGCAUUUUGCAGAGACAUCCUGAGACAGCAGGACACCUGGAGUUCCUCCCCCUUCUCUAAACUGCUAUGCUGCUUUGCCGAGUUACAUCAGGCAAGGCUUUCUGGAGGCACUGUCAAUGCUAAGAAAAAGGAAAAGAAGAAAAUCCUUCAAACAGUCAAGCGCUGUCUCUCCGUUGUCAAUGAGGACUAUGAUGACGACGAUGAACAGGAUGCCCAUGAAUGUGUGUUGCUCCUCCUCUUUCAGCUGAAGGAGGAGGGUAUGGCAUUAAAGGGCUCACCAGAGCCAUACACCUGCCCCGUGAAGCAGUUAGAAUUCAAGCUGAAGACUUCCCGUACCUGCACCAGCUGUGGAGUUACAGUGUAUGGUCAGGAGGAUUACAAUCACCUGUCACUGAGCCUGAGCCAUUACCUGACACACAGCCUGGACCUCUACUUUAAGCCAUCUGCGUUAGAGUGUGCAUGCUGGGAGUGCUCAGGCAGCAUGGCAUCUGUGACUAGGCACUUCCUCACGCUGCCCCGGGUCCUAAUGCUUCAUAUUAAGCGGUUUGCUGCAGGCGACUGGGAGCCAGAGAAGGUGGACGAUCCCAUGUCCAUCCCUGCAGAACUGACCCUCCCAGCCCUAUGUGGGGAGACAGCCCCUGUCCAGCAUGGAGCCAGGGCAAGCUCACUGGGGAACAACAACAUGGACAGCACACCUGCAAACUCCCCGAAAGGCACCCUUGAUAGAUCAGAGACACCAGCCAGACAAUAUCUACAAAUUGUCAAGUGUGAUCUCACAUCUGGGAGACAACAUGUAUACAGGCCACUACAUCAGUGAUGUUUUGGACAGCCGUGGCAGUGGGUGGCUCUGCCUGGAUGACGCACGUGUCUUGAGGACAGAUGAGGCCACUGUGCUGAGGGCGAGGGCACAGACUGCCUACAUCCUGUUCUAUGUCUGCAGUGGAGCAGGUGAAGGAGACCAGGCACCUCACUACCAGGAAAAGCACCAGGAGAACCCAUCAUUAAACUCAGGGAGAGGCACAGCUCUCAGGGACCACCUGGAGUAGCACCUACCACACAAAGAAAUAUCAGAUUAAUUGAAUUAGGCUGCCCAACACCACCAUCAACUGCCCUAGACCACCAUCAACUGCCCUAGACCACCAUCAGGCUGCCCUAGACCACCAUCAGGCUGCCCUAGACCAUCAUCAGGCUGCCCUAGACCACCACCAGGCAAUAAAGCUGCCUUAGACCACCAUCGGGCUGCCCUAGACCACCAGGGAAUAAAGCUGCCUUAGACUACCAUCAAGCUGCCUUAGACCACCAUCAAGCUGCCUUAGACCACCAUCAAGCUGCCUUAGACCACCAUCAAGCUGCCCUAGACCACCAAGGAAUAAUUCUGUUCUAAACCACCAGGGCAAUGGGCUGCCCUAGACCACCAGUACAUCAGGCUGCCCUAGACAUCAGGCUGCCCUUAACCACCUGUACAUUAGGCUGCCCUAGACCACCUGUACAUUAGGCUGCCCUAGAACACCUGUACAUUAGGCUGCCCUAGAACACCUGUACAUUAGGCUGUCCUAGAACACCUGUACAUUAGGCUGCCCUAGACCACCUGUACAUUAGGCUGCCCUAGAAUACCUGUACAUUAGGCUGCCCUAGAACACCUGUACAUUAGGCUGUCCUAGAACACCUGUACAUUAGGCUGCCCUAGAACACCUGUACAUUAGGCUGCCCUAGACCACCUGUACAUUAGGCUGCCCUAGAACACCUGUACAUUAGGCUGCCCUAGAACACCUGUACAUUAGGCUGCCCUAGAACACCUGUACAUUAGGCUGCUCUAGAACACCUGUACAUUAGGCUGCCCUAGACCACCUGUACAUUAGGCUGCCCUAGACCACCUGUACAUUAGGCUGCCCUAGACCACCUGUACAUUAGGCUGCCCUAGAACACCUGUACAUUAGGCUGCCCUAGAACACCUGUACAUUAGGCUGCCCUAGAACACCUGUACAUUAGGCUGCCCUAGACCACCUGUACAUUAGGCUGCCCUAGACCACCUGUACAUUAGGCUGCCCUAGACCACCUGUACAUUAGGCUGCCCUAGACCACCUGUACAUUAGGCUGCCCUAGACCACCAGGACAUCAGGCUGCCCUAGACCACCAGGACACCAGGCUGCCCUAGACCACCAGGCUGCCCUAGACCACCAGGACAUCAGGCUGCCCUAAACCACCAGGACAUCAGGCUGCCCUAGACCACCAGGCUGCCCUAGACCACCAGGACAUCAGGCUGCCCUAGACCACCAGAAGAAACAGUGUACACCACAAAACAUGUACCCACUGUAGGCUAUCAACUGUAUGUUUACAAUGAUAUAAAUAUAAAACAUCUAACCGA